GUUAGCGUUGAUUAUAUUACCGAAGGCCCCAGUAAAUACCCUCCAGCCUUCAGGAGCUUCUUUUCGUCCUCACCACCUCCCAUCAGGAUCCCCCAAUUGCUCGUGUCCUGAUCCAGCACCCUCUCUACUCCCUCAGCCAUGGCGAAGCUUCAUCCAGAGUCCCCUGAGGAGUUCGAGUUCAUCGAAACUCCUCAGGCUGCUCCCCAGCAGACUCCAGAGGACUGUGGAGUGCGGACUACGUCGUAUCCGGCCAUCAAAAAUGCCCCGGUCCCUGCAGACGCUGCAGGCAGUGACAGCUUCUCCAACAUCCUGCUCUUCGGUCUCCUGUAUAUCGUGCCCCAUUACCUGGCCCGCCAGGUCGGUGGUGGUUUCUACACCACCAUCUUCUUUGCAAUCUUCACGACAGUUCCGAUUCUAAUGGCAUUUUGGACGGUGGCUUCAUCCAUUUCCCCGCGUAAGAACGAGAAGGCCAAGUACCCGGGCCGCCCCGUGGAAUACUACCUCAACUUCCACAGCGAACGCGACCGAGCCAAAUACAGGGGCAAGAGCAAGGUUCCCAUGGAAGUUUUCUUCGAGAAGUACUUCAAUGGAGAGGUGGACUUCAAGGGUGACGCUUUGAACACCCUUGAGUACAGACACGACUGGGCCAGCUUCCGUUUCACCAUGGGCCUGUACAAGCAUUUUCUUUUCGGCUUUAUUCCGGAGAUGCUUCUGCACACUCGAUCUCAGGAUGAGGAGCAGGUCCGUGACCACUACGAUCGCGGUGACGAUUUCUACGCUUGGUUCCUCGGUCCUCGUAUGAUCUACACCUCUGGUAUUAUCAGCGACAUCAAGAAGGAAGAGACGCUCGAACAACUUCAGGAUAACAAGCUGGCCGUGGUCUGUGAGAAGAUUGGCCUCAAGCCGGGUGAUACUGUUCUUGACUUGGGCUGUGGCUGGGGUACCCUUGCAAAAUACGCCUCGGUUCAUUAUGGCGCGCAGGUCACUGGCAUCACGUUGGGUCGCAAUCAGACUGCUUGGGGCAAUACUGGUCUUCGCAAGGCUGGCAUUCCGGAAUCACAGAGCCGCAUCCUCUGCGCUGACUAUCGCGAUGCUCCCUCAGUUUCUGGAGGCUACAAGAAGAUCACUUGCCUUGAGAUGGCUGAACAUGUCGGCGUGCGCCAUUUCAGUACUUUCCUCUCCCAGGUCUAUGACAUGCUUGACGAUGAUGGUGUCUUCUUCCUCCAGAUCGCUGGUCUGCGUAAGUCUUGGCAGUAUGAGGAUCUGAUCUGGGGUCUUUUCAUGAACAAGUACAUCUUCCCGGGUGCCGAUGCUAGCACUCCCCUUGGAUUCGUUGUCGACAGACUUGAGGCUGCUGGAUUUGAGAUCAAGGGUAUUGACACCAUUGGCGUCCAUUAUUCUGCUACUCUCUGGCGCUGGUACCGUAACUGGCUUGGCAACCGUGAGAAGGUUGAGGCGAAGUAUGGAAAGAGAUGGUUCAGGAUCUGGGAAUACUUCCUGGCCUACUCUACCAUCACCUCCCGCCAGGGUGGUGCUACCUGCUGGCAGAUCACUCUCGUCAAGAACAUCAACUCGACGCACCGUAUUGAAGGCAUCCCCACUCAAUUCGGACUUACCGGCGCCCGCGAGGCUGCUAUCGAGACCGUGGGCCACGGCAGUCUGCCCAGUGCUAACGUCCCCAACGGUGUUGCCGCCAAGGCGUAGGCCCCGCUCACCUACAGAAACAGAUCCCGACGGAUUUCGCGCAGUGGCUAGGAAUAGCGAUCGAGCACAGGAAGCCGUUCGGUCCCUGCAUGGCUAUGGAAUUAAACAAGUAGAGCCGGUAUGGAGGAGAAGGCAGCAAGUUGAAAAGAAGGAUCUAGGUGAAGUUGACGGAUAAUAAACAGAUGAGGAUGAACGAGGAAGAUACGGCAGGAUUUACGUCUAAGCACGUAUCCAUGGUCUUCUGUACAGUACUAACGCAUGUACGAUGGUUGAUUUGUAUAGCCUCUCGGUGUCUCGUAUGGGAAAAGAUAGGCUGUGUAUAUCCAUGUCAAACGAUAUGUCCAUGUUCGUUAUGAAAUAGAAAAUCUCACGCUCUUUUCUUUUGUUGAGCUGUUCA